GAAACGUGCCCUCCUCGCAUCUCGCCCCGAUCUUCCCUCUUUGUCUGAAGCUUUUCCCCGUGUCCUGUCGCUGUCAGGCGGAAUCCGACGCCUGUGUGCGGGAUCGAUGACAAAGAGUUCGACAUCCCUCAAGUCGAUACCCCGCCAACGCUGGAGAGCAUCCUGAACGAGACUGAUGAUGAAGAAGAGUCUUUCAUUUUGGAAGAUCCUUUUCUCCUGAACAUUGAUAACACAGAUACACACUCCUAUGACACGUCUUCUGUAGCAAGCUCUGACAGUGGGGACAGGACACACCUGAAAAGGAAGAAAAAACUCCCAGAUUCUCUCUCUCUGCACGGAUCAGUUAUAAGACUCUCGCUUCUGAAGGGGAUUUCUGCCCAAAUUGUAUCUGCAGCAGACAAAGUGGAUGCUGGUUUGCCUACUGCAAUUGCAGCAUCAAAUCUGAUAGCAGUGGGGACUUCUCAUGGGCUAGCCCUGAUUUUUGGAAAAGAUCAAAACCAGGCUCUACGGCUGUGUCUGGGCAGCACUGCUGUUGGGGCUCAGUAUGGGGCUAUUUCUGCUCUCAGCAUCAACAACGACUGCUCCAGACUCCUGUGUGGCUUUGCAAAAGGACAGAUCACAAUGUGGGAUCUGGCCAGUGGGAAGCUGCUACGAUCAAUAACAGAUGCUCACCCCCCAGGAACAGCCAUUUUGCACAUUAAGUUUACAGAUGACCCGACACUUGCAAUUUGCAAUGACAGCGGAGGCUCCGUAUUUGAACUCUCAUUUAAGAGGGUUAUGGGAGUGAGAACAUGUGAAUCUCGAUGUCUCUUCAGUGGCUCCAAGGGGGAGGUUUGUUGUAUUGAACCAUUACAUGCAAAGGUUGAACUGAGAGACCAUCCUAUCACCCAAUAUUCACUGCUGGCCAUGGCCUCCCUAACAAAGAUAUUGGUUAUUGGCCUGAAGCCAUCUUUGAAAGUGUGGAUGACCUUUCCCUACGGUCGUAUGGACCCUUCGAGUGUCCCCCUCCUGGCGUGGCACUUUGUGGCUGUACAGAACUCGGUGAACCCCAUGCUUGCGUUUUGUAGAGGUGAUGUCGUUCAUUUUCUUCUGGUAAAGAGGGAUGAUACUGGUGCAAUACAUGUCACUAAGCAGAAGCAGCUCCAUCUUCACUAUGACCUCAUCAACUUUACUUGGAUAAACUCACGAACAGCAGUGCUUCUGGACAGUGUGGAGAAGCUGCAUGUCAUAGAUCGUCAGACACAAGAAGAGUUGGAGACCAUAGAGAUUCCAGAAGUUCAGCUGGUCUACAACAGCAGCCACUUCAAGUCCCUGGCUACAGGAGGCAAUGUCAGCGAGGCACUGGCAUUGGUUGGAGAGAAAGCUUGUUAUCAGUCCAUCAGCAGCUGUGGUGGCCAGAUCUUCUACCUGGGAACUAAGGUAAGUGUGGGGAGUUUUUAAUGGAAAUAAGUGACA